AUGCAGGCUCUGCUGCUGAACUCCGGCUGCAUCUUAGGAGCAGCCUCAGUGUACUCAGGAGUGUUCACACAGAUCUUUAAAGAGGAGAGAGGGCUGUACCAGGACAAGGUGUUCUGCUUCGUCCAUCUGAGCAUUCAGGAGUUUCUGGCUGCUCUUCAUGUCCAUCUGACCUUCAUCAACUCUGGUGUCAACCUGCUGGCAGAAGAACAAUCAACCUCCCAGAAGUCUGAAACAAGAAAAGAUGAAUCUGCAGUGAUACAGUUCUACCAGAGUGCUGUGGACCAGGCCUUACAGAGUCCAAAUGGACACCUGGACUUGUUCCUUCGCUUCCUCCUGGGACUUUCACUGCAGACCAAUCAGACUUUCCUACGAGGCCUUCUGACACAGACAGGAAGUGACUCAAAUACAAAUCAGGAGAAAGUCCAGUACAUCAAGAAGAAGAUUGAAGAGAUUCCCUCUGCAGAGAAAAGCAUCAAUCUGUUCCACUGUCUGAAUGAACUGAAGGAUAGUUCUCUUGUGGAGCACAUCCAACGCUCCCUGAAUUCAGGAAGUCUCUCCACAGAUGAACUCUCUUCUGCUCAGUGGUCAGCUCUGGUCUUCAUCUUACUGUCAUCAGAAAGAGAUCUGGAUGUGUUUGACCUGAAGAAAUACUCUGCUUCAGAAGAGGCUCUUCUGAGGCUGCUGCCAGUGGUCAAAGCCUCCAAGAAAGCUAUACUGAGUGGCUGUAAACUGUCAGAGAGAAGCUGUAAAGCUCUGUCCUCAGUUCUCAGCUCCCAGUCUUCUACUCUGAGAGAGCUGGACCUGAGUAACAACAACCUGCAGGAUUCAGGAAUGAAGCUGCUGUCUGCUGGACUCGAGAGUCCAAACUGUACGCUGAAAAUGCUCAGGUCAGGAUUCAUUUACCCAUUCAUCUGAUGACCAUUUCAAAUAUUG